AUGGCCUUGGAGGAACUGGAGACCGAGUGGGUGCAGGUGGAUGACCAGCUCCAGUUCCGCUGGCACCGGCCGCCACUGGAGACCGUGCAACGGCAAGCGGAGGAUCCGGCCACCGUGCGGAUCUUCCUGAACGGAUGCUUCGACUUGAUGCACGUCGGACACUUCAACGCGCUCCGGCAAGCGAAGCGGCUCUUUUACCAGCUUGGGUUUCAAAAGGUGGUCAUGGUCGCUGGCAUCCACUCCGAUGCCGCGAUCUGUCAGCAGAAGGGCCCUCCCAUGAUGUCCGACGAAGAGAGAAUCGCGGUUCUCGCGGCGACCAAGUGGGUGGACGAGCUCGUCACGCAAUUGCCCUACACGAAGAUGUCUGUGAAGAUGGCUGACAGGCUCCGUGUGAGAUACAUUUGCCACGGCGACGAUAUGCCCAUUUGCAAAGGUGGCGAGGGCAUGUACAGCGAAGCCGUCGCGCAGAAGAGAUUCCAGGUGCUGAAGCGCACCGAAGGCAUCUCGACCACACAGAUCAUCGAGCGCAUCAUCCGCCAGCAGGGCUGGAGCAAGGCUGAGGAGGUCUUGAGUUCUGCCCUUUGCACCACUCAGCGCCUGGCGCAGUUCGCAGCGCCCGACGGCAGGGAGGCCAAGCAGUUGAGCGACUCCAAUCGGGUGGUUUAUGUCCCUGGCAUCUUUGACUUGGUGCACCCGGGCCACGUUGCGGUGCUGAGUGAAGCUGCACGGCAGGGCGAUUUCCUGCUCGUGGGGCUCUACUCGGAUGAGACGGUACGGCAGCACCGGGGAGUGGCGCCCAUCCUCUCCCUGCUGGAGCGGGCUUUGGCCGUGCUGUCGCUGCGCUGGGUGGACGAUGUGAUUUUGGGCGCCCCCUGGAGCAUCAGUCCGGAGCUCCUGACCUCCAUGAACAUCAGCGCAGUGGUGCUGGGCCGCGCGCCCGGCGAUCCCAGUACUCAAGACGAGGAGCGCUAUCGCGGCGCGCGCGAGCGGGGCCUCCUCUCGGAGUUCGAGAGCAGCUUCGCCAUUUCCUCCGCAGCCUUGAAGGAGCGCUUGGUGUCCCGUUCAGCGGAGUUGGUCCAACGGAACAGCAAGCUCCUGGAGAAGGAGCUCAACUACAUCUCUCAGAAGGAAUAUGUUCCAGAGGGCGACGCUCGAGCCACGGCCUUUGGCGCCGUGGGCGGUGUGGCCGCGCCGGCGGUUCUGCCCGCAGAGCCUCCGGCGUUGCUCGCACACAGCGCUUCUACUGAGCCUGAAAUGCUCACUCAGGAGGAGAUUGGCGCUGCCAUGCUCCAGGCGCCAACGGCGCUCAUUGCAGCGCACCUGACGUUGCGGGAUGCGGUGAUCAGUGCCGAGACGGCCCUGCGGGAGGUGCCAUUGAGUGGAGACACCGUCGCAGCUUGA